UAUUCUCCUUUAAAUAUCUUUAAUUCAUCGUAAAUUAGUUGCAGCGGAGACAGCGAUGAUGACAGCAGCUGUAAGCGGAAGGUGGCUUAUGUUUACAGCCCGGAAUACAUCCAGACUUGCGAUAGUUUAUCCAAAGUACCAAACAGGAUGAGUUACAUUCAUGAAACGCAAGUAUGGUCCACUCACUGAUAGAAGCCUACGGACUCCUUAAACACAUGAGCGUCGUUAAACCUCAGGUAGCGACCAUCGAGGACAUGGCCAAGUUCCACACAGACUCUUAUCUGGAGCAUCUUCACAAGAUCAGCCAGGACGGAGACAACGACGACCCGCAGUCCGGAGACUACGGCCUGGGUGAGAAGAGCCACGAAGAGCCUCUACACAAUCCCAUUUGUUAUCAGAAUCUGUUCAUUCACUACAGACAGAUUUAUGGAAGCAUUAGAUGAAAAAUAAAGGGUUUCAAGUGGAAACAAUUACUGCUAUAUGACUUUAUGAGAAGUGCUAUGCAGUUCUUCUUUGUCGGCAACAGAGGGCACUAUAACACAAGCU